ACCACGACACUCAACCGUUAAGUGAGCAACUUGGAGUCCAAAGGUAUGGAUGGUGUGAGCAAGCAACUUGUUGACCCGGUAUUUUAAGAAAGAACGUUGAACCGCUUGCUUCUUGCUUAGGAAGGAGCAAAAACUUUGAUUCAAAAUUGCUUAGAAGGUGAAGCUUUUGUCCAGUUGCACUGCUGCGACCGUUUCAGUUUCAGUCACGCAAAACCUCAUAUGGAACCAUCACUACAUUCCAAGUUCAGGUCAGUUACCAUAAACCUCUCUCUUUUCCCCUCAGUUUUACUAUUACCAGGCUUAAUUAUGUAUCCCUAUGUGCAAAUGUGUCGAUUCACAAUUUCAAAUUUUAAACCUAGAUAUUUAAAUUGGGGAAAAUGAUUCCCAGCUCAACUGGGUUUCUUAUGACUGCAGUUUCAGUAAUACUUGGCUGUGACUACUGACUAGUAUUCCAAAAAUGAAAAAUCUGUAGGCAAUGGAUUUAGAGAAGGAAGAAGGCAAUUUAAACCAUUAAAAUUGUUUCUUUAACUUGGAUUAUAACAUGAUGCUUUGCUUUCUUUAACAUUCAUGAAAACUCUUGCAGUAACCUACCUAUGUAUCUAUGUAUUAGAAUCACUACCUUGGUUACAGUAGAGGGAAUUUAUAUCUGUGAAGUAUUCCUUGCCAUUGUGUUUGAGAUGUUUGAGAUUUUGGGUUAUAUAUGAACUGAGUUUUCAGUUAAAGAUUGAUCCACUGUGAUUAAAGAUUACACUGUCAAAUUUCCAAGAAAGAUGACCAACAAAAGCAGGAGCAAGAUAUUUAUAGGUGGUGAGUCUUGUACGUAAUGAACUACAUUGUCACUCAUUGCAGGAGGAAUACAUAUAUUCUCAUGAACUUUAUAGCAUAUUUAGUUUUGCAUCAUGGACCAUUUGUUUGCAACUUACUGCUUUAUUAUGAAAAAGAAUUGCUAGUGAAUUACAGAGCUACAGAAGUCUCAUAUCGAUCUUGUUGCUUGUCAAUAAGGAUGAUGUAUGCGUUUUAUGUUUUAUUCUUUCCUGCUGUAGCGAACUACAUUAUAAGAUCUAGCUAAUCUCUGAAUAAUAGUCUAAAACCUAAGGAAAUAUUCCCUACUUUUAAUUGACUGACUUGAAUAAAACUCUGAAAACAAACUUGAAUUACUUCUUUUACUACUAAUUUCUGCUCUGCUAUUUGACAUAAAGGUCUUUAGUCUUCUCUCAUGUUGUUGGCUCUGUUGUGUAUUUAGCAUAGGUGAAGUUACAUGCCCAAAUAUUUUCCUUUAUGAGAAAAAUAAACUGAAGUUCAUAUUAUCAUCAACAACGAUAAAUAUUUAGACUCAGGAAUAAAUUAUUAGGAACCAAAAUAGACAAAAAUCAUAAACUUAAUUAUCUACUCGAUUACCCUAUUUGUUCUUUCCGAGAAUGGGUAGGUUUCACGUUUUAGAGGGGUGCGUUUCAGGUUUUAGAGGUCGAGUAUAAUCCUGCAUGGACGACACGCCUGAGGCAGGUGUAAUCACCUAGGCCAGCUAGCUGCAUGCAGUUUGUCGAGAUGCUCUUUACAUCCUCUAUAUGACGCCUGGAUUUCUCAAGGCAUCUUCACAAAUCAUAUUCAAGUUCUCUUCCUUGUUCUUCUUUUCUUUCUAGAGUUCGUAUAAGCAAUUGAAGUUUUCUGUUUGGUGAUGAAUGUAAGAGAUUUUCAUGCCAUGGAGAAUUUCUUUACUCAUUCUGUGGUGAACUCUGGUGGACUCAAAGGAGUCUUGGGUUCAUGCUUUGUGGUUGAACAAAUGAGAAGCAAGAAGCAAGACGUGGCUUCAAACCAUGGAGUGCUUCAAGAAGGAAAUGAAAGCACAGAUUUCAUUGAGUUCCUCAGGUUAUGCUGCCCCUGUUUUUACUCACAUUCCAAACAUUAAAACAACGUUGUUUACUCACAUCCCAAACAUUAUAUAAACCAAAAAUAUCACCUUGCAACCUAUUAAAACGACCACCAAUGACGCCACCCCUUAUAAAAAAAACUCUGAUUAUAUAUAUAAAAAAAAAAACUAGAAAGGUCAAGGUUUGGUCAUUUGCCAUUUCUGGGGGAGGUUUUUGAUUUGCAGUCGUGUUGCAAAGACAGGAACCCAUCCCUGGAAAUAGCAAACCACCCACCUUGACCACAAUAUAUAAAAUUUCAAGCCCUAAACGGCCAAACCUAUUCUCUCCCUCUUGAAUGGUAUCUAUUGGAACUCCCAGCUACCCCAUUGCCUACUUAAACACACCCCAUACACAAACCUAGACACCAAACCCAACCAGGCAGUAACAGCCAAACAGUGAGUGCAACUCUGUAUCACCAACACCCAAGGCCCGACUUCUCUCCCUUCCUGUGGUUGAUAAUGGAGAAUUCUCGCCCACCUUUCACUCCAACAACAACCACCACCAGCUCUUCUUCAUUUUCAACUCUGGAUAGUUCAUCAUCUUUGUCGGUACUAUUAUCCGGCGGUUCAGAACCCACCACCACACCCUUCCUGGCAGCAGCAGCCCUUUUUGCCAUGGCGCAUUCCAGUCUAUCCCUCUCCAGUCCCAAGUCCGGCUGUCGAUGCAAGUGUAUCCAGGGCUGCGAGGGAGGAGAGAAGAAUGGCACGCCAAAAAAGAAGACUUAAUCUGAGCACAAGAAAUGAUGCUCAUGCCGCAUCUGCUUCUUCGAGAAUGGGAGGAGAGAGGGAUGCAACUGGUGCUGGUUCUGAUGCGCAGAACAACGAACCAGACCUCUACUUGUUCUGCACGCCGGAUAACAGGAAACUGAGAUUUUUGUUCAAAAAGGAGCUCAAGAAGAGUGAUAUUGGAUCUUGGGGAAGGAUUGUCCUUCCUAAGAAGGAGGCAGAAAAAUACCUUCCCAGCCUCUCUGGCAAGGAAGGAAUCGAGUUGAUGAUCAAGGAUGCCCUCUCAAACCAAGAGUGGGGUUUGACAAACAAACACAGGUACUGGACCAAUAACAACAGCCGAAUGUAUGUUCUUGAACAUAUACAGGAGACUUUGUAAGGCAAACUGGAGUGGAGGUGGGAGAUAGCAUUUAUCUUUAUAAAGAUGAAUGGAUUUAGAAUUUUGUUAUAGAUGAACACUUGAAUUUGAAAAUUGAAUCAAGAAAGAAAGAUAGAGUUUUGUUUCAGGAAUUGCAUGCAUGCUGACAAAGUUUCUUGUCACCUUUUACAUUUAUGCUGACGUUCUUUGAAUUAGAGUCAAGGGGGAUUAAUUAGAGUAAAUGAUGUACUGGUAACUUUGAAUGUAAACCAAGUCUGCAUGUUCCUUGCACCCCUCUUGGCCUCUUGUAUCAGAUAAAACAUAAAUGACAGCCCAAAGCAUCUUCGUCUAAAGGCCAAAAUGGGUGUUUAGGCAUGACUUAUGUGUACUGUGUAGAAUUAAGUUUAAGUGGGCCACCAUUCAUAUAAUUAAUAAGACAAUAAUAUGCAGGGCAGUGAUUUAAUGAGAUUUAUUAUGAGACUUGCAUGCAUUUACGGUUAAAACACAUUAAAUAUGAUAGCCAUAUAUUUAUCGAACUGUCAGUAUUUGCUUUUGAAUGUUCUUCAUAUCUUGCAUAGGUGCUCUUAGUUUGCUGUAUUCCUAACUAUAUUCUUUUUCUCUCUCUUCUUUUUGUGCGAGGAAACAGUACAUCUCCAUUUGAAAGGUUCCACGACCAGUACAUGAUGCCAAGCCCUGCUCGUACCAACAAAAAAUCUAUACCGAAGACAACAGUAGCAAGAGCAGUAGCUGCCUUCAAAUGCUUCCACCACCGCCAUUAACAACACCACCAAGACCACCAACGAAGACAACAGCAUCGACCAAGAGAAGAAUCCUAACCCCACGAUCGGUAACAACAACAACAUAACCCUUACCGAAGCAACAACAACAGUCAUAUAUACCUACAACGAACCUCUAACUGAAGAAGAUGAGAGUUCUUCAGCGGUGCUACUACAACAACAACACAAGGAAUACAUACUAGAAACAAACAACCUGGAGACAUUGUUCGCGGAUCAUGCUUCUUCAAAUAGACAAACUGAGGAAGCUAGUAACUCCAACAACGACGUCCCUAAACAACUAGAGACCUCGACUCAACCAGCCAUGGCACAGAGCAUAGUGACGAUGGCGGAGGAUAACUUCGACAACUGGUUCCUACGUCUAGAGAUGCUCCCCGAAAUCGAUCAUUUCGACUUUAAUGAAUUAAUAAAGGACGACAACAUGUAGUUGUACUGGAACUGGCAAUGUAAUGACAUGAUAAAGAUAAGAACAAUUUUUUUGCUUUCUAAUUGGUGUUUCUUAUAAAG